GAGAAAUGUUUGCUCUUGAAUAUGCUCAACCAGGCAACACAUUGGAAGCAUUGAGAUUACAUUGCGAUAUUUCCAAUUUGGAGUUGUUAAGAGACACAGUUGAAGGAUUUCUUAAUGAACGCCCAAUAGAUUUAUUAAUUGCUAAUCCUUCCCAAAAUAACAUCAUUAAAGAUGCUGAAACUCGUUGGGAAGACCUGUUUGAACAAAUAACUGUUACAAACAUUACUGGAAUUAUUGGCAAUUUUGAAAUUGUUUGGCCUUUUUUAGAAACUUUACCUUCUUACUCUUAUAACAUUCUCCCACCAAGAAUUAUUAAUACUGUUACUUAUUUUAUUGGUUUGAUUGGUGACUUCCUUGCUAGAACCAACGGAGUUGCUUGGAUUUAA